GUAAUGACUUCCUGCAGUGCCUGGGGGUUGCUCCUUCUUGGUCCUCCUAUGUGUUGGUUAAUGGUGCCACACUGGUGAGUGGACAAGAACACCUCCUCACGUGACCUUUACUGAGUUUCCCUGAUGGCACAAGACUGAGCUCUUUUCCUGUGUUGAUUGCCAUUUUUUAUUCCCCCCCCCCCAAGUUUCUGUUCUGCAAAUUGUUUUACUUAGAGUGCACUAUUAUCCACUCACCUUCGACUGUCUGGGACUCACUGUGCAGGGGAUAUAGGCUAGAACAGCUCUGCCCACUGGAGAGCCCCCAGGAGCACUGAAGGCAGCUACACCAACUGGAAGGAGGUGAUUGGGAGUGACUUUUGAGCCAUCCAUCUUGCCCAGACUGCCACAUGCUGGGCUCCUACUUACACUGGGUGCUGGGUGCUGACACUGGUACAAACACAUCAGGUACCCAGAGAUGUGGAAGUGGAAUUCCUCUGAAGUCUCCAAAACAAAACAAGGAAAGGGAAAGGAACAUUCUAGGCCAAAGAACAGAAUAUGUGAAGGUAAAGAAUUUUUUAUCUACAAAAAGAUAGGAAGUUUGGGGCAGCCAACAGGGUGGAUGAAGGACAGGUUAGUGGGGACAGGGCAUUCGCCAAUGGUCACUCUAGGAAGGGACAGACUUAAAGCAGUAGGGAUUAAACAACGGAAAAGGAACUUCCUCACAGGGCGGAGAGGGCGCUGUUGAGUGCGGGAGUGAAGCAUUCCAAAAUACCGUGAACAAAAAUAAGCUUGUCGGUGAAGUAAAUUGCACCCAAGCUCCCAGAUAACUUAUAUAGUGCCCUGCUAGCAAAGGUGGAGUGGUGAGGAAGGCGGUGGUCGUGGACUACGGCGGCCCAGCCCUUAUGGUGGGCAGGAUGCUGCUCGGCUACCGGGAGCAAACCCCUCCCUCCUCUUGGCCCAACAGUUGGGCGGGGAAGCCUUUUCAAGGAAACGAAAGUGAACUCUGCGGAGCCAGCCAUCUUACGCCGCAGGUGCGGGCCUUGCCGGCACUAUGUCUCAAGGGUUCAGGGGACCCACAGGGGUGUUCCCUCACCAGACACGGUCGUACUCGGACCCUAGCUAUGAGCAUAGCAAGUGGAGAUACCCACAGCCACAUGGGCUGGAGUCUUACCCUAGGAGUUUCCAGCUUCAGCAGAUAGAGUUUCUCAAAGGGCGGCUCCCAGAAGCACCCUUGAUUGGAAUACAGACCCAGUCACUGCCGCCAUUCCUCCCAGGACACUGGCCAAGAUUCCCAGGGCCACCUGCCCAAGACAGGCAACUGGAAAUCUGGGGGUCCCCCAGGAGUGUGACUCUCAGAAAUCAGGGGCUCUACAUAGGAUGCCCACUUCCUCCCCCACACAGCAGGGGUCCACCGUGGAGAGGUGCUGACGGGCUUUGCUCACACUUCCAGGAGCUGAGCAUCAGUCAUAGUCCGGAGCAGAAGGUCCUAAAUUACCUGGAAGAGCUUGGGGAGGGGAAGGCCACCACUGCCCAUGUGCUAGCCAGAGAGCUCAGGACCCCCAAAAGGGACAUCAAUCGUAUUUUGUACUCCUUGGAAAGGAAGGGAAAGCUGCACAGAGGAAGGGGGAAACCUCCUUCGUGGAGCCUUGUGUCCUCGAGUCAGGCUUGGACUCAGCCCUCCAGAGUUGUGAAUCCAGACAGUUGUAUCCAGGAAGUCCCUAGAGAGCCUGGUUUGGACAGUGAGGACCAAGACCCUGCCUCUGACUUAGAAGGACCUUCUGAACCUCUUGACAUGGCUGAAAUCAAGGAGAAGAUCUGUGACUAUCUGUUCAAUGUGUCAAACUCCUCUGCCCUGAACCUGGCUAAGAACAUUGGCCUCGCCAAGGCCCGAGAUGUGAAUUCAGUGCUGAUUGACUUGGAAAGGCAAGGUGAUGUCUACAGGCAAGGGGCUACUCCUCCCAUCUGGUACUUGACAGACAAGAAGCGUGAGAGGCUGCAGAUGAAGAGAAGUACGCACAGUGCUCCUGCCCCUACCCCAGCAGCUGUCCCAGAGGCCACUAGAAGCCCCUCAUUCCCUGCCUGCCACCCGCCCCCAGCAGGUGCCUCAAGCAGUGUGACAGUCUCCAAGAGAGUGGAGAAUGGGCAGGAGCCUGCGGUGAAGCAUGAAAGUAGGCAUGAGGCCAGACCAGGACCAAUGAGACUGCGGCCUCACGCUUAUCACAAUGGCCCCUCUAGAGCAGGGUAUGUGGCCUCUGAAAAUGGCCAGUGGGCCACAGAUGACAUCCCAGAUAACUUGAAUAGUAUCCACACAGCACCAGGUGAGUUUCGAGCCAUCAUGGAGAUGCCCUCCUUCUACAGUCCUACCUUGCCACGGUGCUCACCCUACAAGAAGCUAACUGAGUGCCAGCUGAAGAACCCUGUCAGCGGGUUGUUAGAGUAUGCUCAGUUCACUAGCCAGACCUGUGACUUCAACCUGAUAGAGCAGAGUGGACCGUCCCAUGAACCUAGAUUUAAAUUCCAGGUUGUCAUCAAUGGUCGGGAGUUUCCCCCAGCGGAGGCUGGCAGCAAGAAAGUGGCCAAGCAGGACGCAGCAGUGAAAGCCAUGGCGAUUCUGCUUCGAGAAGCCAAAGCCAAAGACAGUGGACAGCCAGAAGACUUGUCCCACUGUCCCAUGGAGGAAGACUUGGAGAAGCCAGCAGAGGCUCAGGCCCCCAGCUCCUCAGCAACAUCCUUGUUCUCUGGGAAGAGCCCAGUUACUACACUGCUUGAGUGCAUGCACAAACUAGGCAACUCCUGUGAAUUCCGUCUCCUGUCCAAAGAAGGCCCUGCUCAUGACCCCAAGUUCCAGUACUGUGUAGCAGUAGGAGCCCAGACCUUCCCCACUGUGAGUGCCCCCAGCAAGAAAGUAGCAAAGCAGAUGGCCGCAGAGGAGGCCAUGAAAGCUCUGCAGGAGGAGGCAGCCAGUUCAGCGGAUGACCAGUCUGGGGGUGCAAACACAGACUCACUUGAUGAAUCUGUGGCUCCCAACAAGAUCAGGCGGAUUGGCGAGCUCGUCAGGUACCUGAACACCAACCCCGUAGGCGGCUUGUUGGAGUACGCCCGAUCUCAUGGCUUUGCUGCUGAAUUCAAGCUCAUUGACCAGUCUGGACCUCCUCAUGAACCCAAGUUCGUUUACCAAGCAAAAGUUGGGGGCCGCUGGUUUCCAGCCGUGUGUGCACACAGCAAGAAACAGGGCAAGCAAGAUGCAGCAGAUGCAGCCCUCCGGGUCUUGAUCGGGGAGAGCGAGAAGGCAGAGCAGUUGGGUUUCGCAGAGGUAACCCCAGUAACGGGGGCCAGUCUCAGAAGAACUAUGCUCCUCCUUUCCAGGUCCCCAGACGCACAUCCAAAGACACUUCCUCUCUCUGGCAGCACCUUCCAUGACCAGAUGGCUAUGCUGAGCCACAGGUGCUUCAAUGCUCUUACUAACAGUUUCCAGCCCUCCCUGCUCGGCCGCAAGAUCCUGGCUGCCAUUAUUAUGAAGAGAAAUGCUGAGGACAUGGGUGUUGUCGUGAGUUUGGGGACAGGCAAUCGCUGUGUGAAAGGGGACUCUCUCAGCCUGAAAGGAGAGACGGUCAAUGACUGCCAUGCCGAAAUCAUCUCCCGGAGGGGCUUCAUCAGGUUUCUCUACGGUGAACUGAUGAAGUACAACCAGCACACUGCCAAGCACAGCAUAUUUGAGCUUGCCCGGGGAGGGGAGAAGCUGCAGAUAAAGAAGACGGUUUCUUUUCAUCUCUACAUCAGCACGGCGCCAUGUGGAGAUGGAGCCCUCUUUGACAAAUCCUGCAGUGACCGUGCCGUGGAAAGCACAGAGUCCCGCCAUUACCCUGUCUUUGAAAAUCCCAAGCAAGGCAAGCUUCGCACCAAGGUGGAGAAUGGGGAAGGCACAAUUCCUGUGGAGUCCAGUGACAUUGUACCCACGUGGGAUGGCAUCCGGCUUGGGGAAAGACUCCGUACCAUGUCCUGUAGUGACAAAAUCCUCCGCUGGAAUGUGCUGGGCCUGCAAGGGGCACUGUUGACGCACUUCCUACAGCCUGUGUACCUGAAAUCUGUAACCUUAGGUUACCUUUUCAGCCAAGGGCAUCUGACCCGUGCUAUCUGCUGCCGCGUGACCAGAGAUGGGAAAGCAUUUGAGGAUGGAUUACGCUAUCCCUUUGUUGUCAACCACCCUAAGGUCGGCCGCGUCAGUGUGUAUGAUUCCAAAAGGCAGUCCGGAAAGACCAAGGAGACUAGUGUCAACUGGUGCUUGGCUGAUGGCUAUGACCUGGAGAUCCUGGAUGGCACCAGAGGCACCGUGGACGGACCAGGGAAAGAGUUGUCUCGGGUGUCCAAGAAGAAUAUUUUCCUUCAGUUUAAGAAGCUCUGCUCCUUCCGAGCCCGCAGAGAUUUACUGCAACUCUCUUAUGGCGAGGCCAAGAAAGCUGCCCGUGACUACGACUUAGCCAAGAACUACUUCAAGAAAAGCCUGCGGGACAUGGGCUAUGGGAAUUGGAUCAGCAAACCCCAGGAGGAAAAGAACUUUUAUCUCUGUCCAGUACCCAAUGACUGAUAGCGGGGCAUGUUUCUCAUGGGGUCAGAGGGGUCAUGACAUUCCUCAUCACACUGGGCCAGAGUUUAGGGGCUUUUUUUAACCUCCUCCCCUCUCCCCUUUUAACGGCAAAACCAUAAUAGAUGGUGCCAAGAACUUUGGUUCCUAUUAAUCCUGCUUGCUUUGGGAUUUCGAGGUGGGGUCCAGCCAAGUCCCCACCUCCCUUUUCCCAAGGGAAGAGGCCAAGAUUAAAGGAAACAGAAGUGCUACCAUUCCACAUGUAGCACAGACAGUUCUUGGCCACGUGGAGCCUGGGCCCCUCGGGCUUCGUCUUUCGGAGGUUUUUUCAUCUCCUUUUCCUUUGCUACACUGGCCUCUUGUGGGUUUGAUUCCAUCCCAUCAGUUCUCUGUAAAUGAUGUCAGGGACCAGUAAUGUCACCUGAGAUGCGCAGGCAGGCCCCUGCUCUGUCAUCCUUCCCUCCUAGGAUGCCUUCCUGUGAUGAGGUUUCUCCUUCCCCACCCCAGAGGAUAGAGGUGAACAUAAAGGAUUGGUGAAAUGUUUACAAGGGCAGGAGUUGACAGCCGUGGUCAGGGAUUGUCGAGCAACAGGAAUGUGGUAAACUGUGGUUGGGACAGGCAAGCCCUACCCAGUAACAGGCCGUGCUGGCCCGCCAAGGAACUUCCCUUCCUGGGCAGCAGGGAAGUUGAGAAUUGGCCAGUGGGACCGAGGAAGGUGCCCAAACCAAGCACGUCCCAAUAGGGAUCCACAAGCACUAACUAGAGUGCACCAGCAUUCCUUGGAAUGUCACUAUGCCUCCAUCUGCCCCUCCAUGAGCACUCCCAGAAGCAGUCCCUGGGCACAUGUGGGUGUGGCCCCAGGCCCCAGCUGUUUGUGAAAAGUAGAGGAUGAACAUGGCGGGCAGAGCAGCUUUGCCCAGACAUUAAAGGUAAAGGCAGAGCAUCCUGUCAGUGCACUGGGAUUCUUCUCCUGGCACUGGUCCCAGCAGAAGUGACAAAGCCCUGCAUAGAAUUAAUGUUUAUAAAAGGCCAGAGGCGUUGAUUCUGAACUGCAUCGCAGACUGGAGACGCAAAUAUUACUUCUCCAUUAGUGAACGUACUUUCAUUCUAUCAGAUGGCUUCAGAAGCUGGGGCACAGGCAGGUGCAGGGCCCUGGAAUCUGCCCUGCUCCUUUCAGGAUCUUCAUUUACAUACAAGUGUUGGGGGGGGGGGGCAGGCUGGCCUCCCACUCUGGGAUGGGCUUCUUUGACUCCUCCCCCUCUGACAGUGACUUAUGGGUAUGUGGGAACCUUAGCCUCUGUAGGGUCUGGUUCUAGCAUCAGACAGACAAACCCUGCUCCAUUCUACCCCUCUAGGACCAAGCCCACCUCUUUCCUCUGAAUGGUGUGGCUCCAUCUGGAGACAGCUGGCCAGUGUGUUCAGCAGCUUCCUGCACCCCCUUGCUUAACCCUCAGUGCUGCCUGGCUCCCCCACCCUCUGGCCCACUGCCAACAGCAAACAUCACAUUCGUACUUCAAGUCUAAUGGCUACUGCCUCCUCAACCUAUGAUCAAAUCUGGCCAACACAGGAACCCGUGUCUUCACAAUACACUGGGGAUGUCUGCACAACCAAAUCAUCCUGCGACACUCUGGUGUCCGUGGAAGUGAGAAAGUAGCACCGUGCUUGUGGUGUCGGCUGGAGGCGUGUCACCUUCUGGCACCUGCAUCUGAAGCAGAGCCCUUGUGGUUUCCAGGCCUCCUGGGUAUUCACACACACCCCAAUCUUGUCUAGACAACUUGUGGGUCUGGGUUUCUGCAGGUGGAAGAGAGCAAGGUAUCCCUGUGUUCUGUGGAUUUGACACGCGCAUCCCACCCCAACCCUGCCUCCAGUCCCGCUGGCCGAGGGCAGAGCUGCUCCCACUGUGCUUCCUUCACCUUUACUUUAAGAAGCAGGGCCUCCCUCACACCGUCUCUUAAUAAUUUCUGUAGUUGAUUUGUCUGAACUGUGGCUGUCUUGCAUUCUUUGAAUAAUCACGUGUAAGAAUUGUCAAUGCUUGAAACUAUUUCCUGUACUCAAGUUGAAGGGACUUUGUUGGCCUUGGAGUUUUAGCAUGACUCCAAGAGCAGAGUGGGGAAGCACCCAGGCAUAUCCUUGGCGCUGUGAUGGAUGCAGUCCCUUCUUCUGUCCCUUUACAAGUGACAGUAUACAUUCCUAAGAAUAAAAACACAGAAGCAUCAGGAC